AGGCCACACCAGUUGCAGUGCAGCACGACUCCACGAGGCCAGACGGUGCGGCUCGACCGAAUCCGCACGCCGCCCGCGGCCCGCUCCUCGGCGACGCCGAGCAACACGACACCUCCGCGCGCCGCCAUCCAAGUCGUCCGUCGCGUCGCGUGCCGAAAACCCAGCAGCAACCAGCCAACCACGAUGCCGCCGCCGCCGCCGAACUCCUCCUCCUCCUCCUCCUCCUCCUCCUCCCUCCCGCUCGCCGCCGCCCCGAUGUCCAACCCGUCGGCCCCCUCCUCCUCCUCCUCCUCCUCGUCGCUGCCCCCCAACCCCCUCGCCGCGGCCUCCUCCUUCCUCCACCACCACCUCUCCCGCCUCGCGUCCCGCUUCGCCGCGCCGCCGCGCCCAGCCCUCGCUGCUGUGACGGCGUCGGCGGCGCCCCCGGGGCCGCAGGGCGCCUCCGCCUCCCUCUCCCUCGCGCUCGCGCCCGACGAGGUCGCGCGCGCGCUCACCGGCACCCCCGUCUUCACCGUCUGCAACUCCAGCAACGAGUUCGUGCUCGUCUCCGACCCCGCCACCGGCCUCCGCUCCCUCGGCCUCCUCUGCUUCCGCUCCGAGGACGCCGACGCUCUCCUCACCCACGUGAGGAUGCGGCAGCCGGUGGUAGGGAGAGGGGCAAAAGUGGUGCCGAUUACGCUUGAUCAGGUUUACAUGUUGAAGGCUGAAGGUAUUGCAUUUCGGUUCUUACCUGACCCUCUUCAAAUUAAGAAUGCGUUGGAGUUAAAAUCUGGCUUAACUGCUUUUGAUGGUGUUCCUGUUUUCCAGUCAGACCUAUUGGUUGUUAAGAAACAGAAGAAGCGUUACUGUCCGAUAUAUUUUCAAAAGGAGGACAUAGAAAGAGAACUUACAAAGGCUUCUAAAACUUCUAGAGGAUCUGCCUUAUCUAAGCAAAUCAUGGUUGGGAGUUUGGAGGAUGUCUUGAAGAAAAUGGAGAUGAAUGAGAGGAAUUCUGGUUGGGAUGACUUGAUCUUUAUACCCCCUGGGAAAAGCCUCAACCAACAUAUUAAUGAGGUAUCAGCAUAAUUUUGUUCUUGCAGUGAUACCACAGGGUUUGAGCACACAUACACUUGCUCACUUCAAAUGCUGUGAUGGCCAGCCAAUCAAUAGUGUCAAGUUGCUGCCUGAGCUUCUUUUUAAUACUUUCUUGCUAGUGGUUCUUGUAACAAAAAAGUUCAGGAUUAAAGUGAAAAAAUAUGUGUGGUUUUUUCAUUGUUUCAACCUUCAAACAUCAAUACAAGCUCCACUUGAAGCUGGCGAAGUGUAUGAGGCGCAAAAUCAUCUCUGUUGCAGGAAAAUUAUUGUUCCACAGAAAAAUUAUUGUUAUGUGCUAGAUUACAGUCAUAAAAGAAACAAUAAUUAACGUUGCCAUGAUCAGUGUGUGUUCGGUGGUCUUUCGGGGAUAAAAUCCAAGUUUCCCUUAUCUUUAGCCACCUGGACCGAAAAGGACGUUCGUGUAAUCAUUUUGCCUUGUCAAUCCAUGUUUUGCACUUGUUUCUAACGAAA